ACCCAUUGGCUUCUGGCUUGCGAUGGCAGCGGACCAAUAGCAGUGAAUUGAAGGCGGUGCCUUGUGAAUCUCGCCUGGCUGCACGCGCAGGGGAGUGGGGGCGUGGCAUUUUUUUGAGGAAAAAAAGCUAAACAAUCUUUAAUCUUUCAAAUUGACUGUGUCGGCUUUUUAACUUGUCUCGGCUGGUGGAGAAGUCCAUACCUUAGAAUAGUGAUAACACACGGGGAUCCACUCAAGACAGGCCUGAAUGUAUUUUCUUCCAAAUUUCUGCACGAAAAGGUAUAGAAAGCGGGUAAUCUUUCUUUAGUCACCACUCCGGUCCGACGAUGAAUUCUAAACGUUUGCUUGACAUGUCUCCGGCUGAAAUACUGGUCGGGGGCGCUUCGAAACAAGCCGGUAUUGACCAGCAUGCAGAGGGUUCCAAGGGAAGCGAAAUGAGUGUCACCACUACUGACAGUGGUGUCAUUCUGGCGUGCGGGAGCGGGCCCGCAUCAGAAGCAGUUUUCUGCACAAUCGUGCUAGACGAUGGCUCUUUGAGAGAAUGUACAAACCAGGACAUCAUCCUCAAUGGGAAUGACCUGUCGUCAGGGAGAGAAAAAUACGCGCACCGGAAAAUAAUGGGUUGUGGUGGCGAGCCAGAGAGGAACAGUGGUCUGACUGGGGUCCUUACUAACGGCAGUCCCACUCACUGCCUGAUCCUGAACGGGCAGAAGCCGGACAGACACAUGCACUCGAAAGCGAGGAAUCCGCUGGUGCCCGAUGGUUUCCAGGAAACCGGACAUCAAGUGCCACCUGAGGAGAGAAAUCCCCACCCCUCCUCCCACAUACCUGUCCCACGACGCAGGAAACCCUCGGGUCAUGCUGAUAAGGAGGUAAUGGCUGCCACCGUCCUGACAUCGCUAUCCACCUCCCCACUGGUCCUCACCCAGACAUCCUCAGCUGCAGUUCCGGAGUCGGCUAGCAGGGGGUGGAAGGAGGCGCUGUCGACCAGCUACAGCAGCUCCACCAGUGGCAACUGGAGCUGGGACACCAGCGACCAAUCAGUGCCCUCCACACCAUCCCCACCCCUCUCCAACGAUGCCAACAAGAGCUUCCUGCUCCCGUCCCAGGGUGAUGACGUCAUCGAGGACGUCACAGAGAGCACUCACUUUCCGUUUGUGGACCCCAUACCCCGGAAGCGAAAGAACUCCAUGAAGGUGAUGUUCAAGUGCUUGUGGAAGAACUGUGAAAAGGUCCUCAGCACCUCUUCAGGGAUCCAGCGACACAUCCGAACCGUCCACCUGGGGCGGAACUGCGACUCGGACUACAGCGACGGGGAGGAGGACUUCUACUACUCGGAGAUCGAGGUCAACAUGGACAGCCUAUCAGAGGGCUUAUCCAGCCUCACGCCCACCUCCCCCACCACCUCCGGCCCUCCCCCCAUUUUCCCACCUGUCUCCCUCACCACCUGUCUCCCUCGUUCUGAGCCCUCCCACAUCGCCAUGAGGGGGACACAUGGCCACGCCCCCACCCUGCUCAGCCAAUCAGCUCCCUCCACGCUCUGCCAUAUUCGCACUGACCACGCAUACCAGGGCCCUUUGACUCACACCCGCACGGUGAGCUUCGGGGAGAAGAGACAGCCUGCCCUUCACACACACACUACCAUCAGCAAGACACCCCCCUCUACAGCCCCCCUGCCCAAACCAGCACCAGGAACCAGGAAACCCCGCGGAGAGGCUAAAAAGUGCCGGAAGGUAUACGGCAUGGAGAAGAGGGACAUGUGGUGCACAGCCUGCCGUUGGAAAAAAGCCUGUCAGCGAUUCAAUGAUUGAACCCCACUACAUCACUGGGAUGGACUCUUCCUCUGCCAGAGCUUCACUGAGGUGGAGUCUUCCACUAGGGAGAUGUGGGUGUUCUCCCUGAUGAAGCUGCUUAGAGCACGCACUGCUUCCUCCUGACCAGCAGGGGUCUCUCUGCUUGCUUCUCUUAAUCCUCAGACAGCUAAACACACGAAACACAAAAACAAAUGGAUGAAAAA